ACCAGAACAGCACAGGCAGAUCCGGCCUUAGAGCUAAGGAGAAGUCUCAGGUAUCUCCCAGGCUGGAUACGCGCAGGUUCAACAUUACCAAACAUUAAGGAAUCCCACGCAGCUCAGUACACCCAGGUGUGAGCAACAUUGCCAAAUUAUAUAUAUAAGGCGUUGGGAGGCGACUCCAAAAGCCGAGAGGCCGGGCUAACUUAGCUUCUGUUUCACAGCAGGACCGAUCGUGGUCGGACUUGCUCCUGGGAAGAUGCGGAGGCUGGCACUUUCUUCAAGAACAGAUUGCAAAAGGCAGCCACCUCCGCGUGGCAGGUCACCGCCAGGAAAGGCAGACGCUGAAACCGUCGCCUCCGGCUUAGGCCGCAGAGCGGGAAGCCGAUUCUCUGAGUAGUUAGCGCGGGUACGGGUGGCGCUAGGUGCUAUUUCCAGCUGACAAAUGGUGCCCCCGGGACAUUUUUCCUAUGACUGCAGGCGUGGCCUGUCCCCCUGCCCGGCUUCGGGGAAGGGGUGGGGAUAGGAGGCUCGCCCCGGGGAAGGUCACGCUCGAGGUCCCCGGGCCGGGCCUCCGCGCGCCCCUGCCCCGCCGCCUCCUGGGAGCGGCCGCUGUGCCCGCCGGCGGCCGACUGGCAGACGCCCGAGGUCCCCGCGCCCGCAGCCGGGCAGCACGCGGGGAGGAGGUCGCCGCCCGCCCAGGCGUGGCAGAAGCGCUUCCUGUGCCAAGUUUCCGGCUCCGGGUUCCCGGAAGAGGAUCGCGGGCCAGAGGCGGAGCCGCCGCCCUGCCGCGACUUUCAGACUCCGACUAUGGCCUCGCGCUGGUGGCGGUGGCGGCCGGGCUCCUCCCGGAAGCCUGCGGCUCGGAGUCCGGAGCCUGGUUCCCCCGGCCUAGCGGGGCCGCCGGGGCCGCGCGCCGCUGCCGACGCCCGCUUGCAGGCUCACAGGUGGAAGGGACUUGACUUUUCUCAGAUACCCUAUUUUAAUCUUGUGAAGCAUUUGACAUCUGCCUGUCCAAAUGUAUAUAGUUUAUCACGGUUUCAUCACACAACCCCAGACAGUAAAACACACAGUGGUGAGAAAUACACCGAUCCUUUCAAACUCGGUUGGAGAGACUUGAAAGGUCUGUAUGAGGACAUUAGAAAGGAACUGCUCAUAUCAACAUCAGAACUUAAGGAAAUGUCUGAGUACUACUUUGAUGGAAAAGGGAAAGCCUUUCGACCAAUUAUUGUAGCACUAAUGGCCCGAGCAUGCAAUAUUCAUCAUAACAACUCUCGACACGUGCAAGCCAGCCAGCGCACCAUAGCCUUAAUUGCAGAAAUGAUCCACACUGCUAGUCUCGUUCAUGAUGACAUUAUUGACGAUGCAAGUUCUCGAAGAGGAAAACACACAGUUAAUAAGAUCUGGGGUGAAAAGAAGGCUGUUCUUGCUGGAGAUUUAAUUCUUUCUGCAGCAUCUAUAGCUCUGGCACGAAUUGGAAAUACAACUGUUAUAUCUAUUUUAACCCAAGUUAUUGAAGAUUUGGUGCGUGGUGAAUUUCUUCAGCUUGGGUCAAAAGAAAAUGAGAAUGAAAGAUUUGCACACUACCUUGAAAAGACCUUUAAGAAGACCGCAAGCCUGAUAGCCAACAGUUGUAAAGCAGUCUCUGUUCUAGGAUGCCCUGACCCAGUGGUGCAUGAGAUCGCCUAUCAGUACGGGAAAAAUAUAGGAAUAGCUUUUCAGCUAAUAGAUGAUGUACUGGACUUCACCUCAUGUUCUGACCAGAUGGGCAAACCAACAUCAGCUGAUCUGAAGCUCGGGUUAGCCACUGGUCCUGUCCUGUUUGCCUCUCAGCAGUUCCCAGAAAUGAAUGCUAUGAUCUUGAGACGGUUCAGUUUGCCGGGAGACGUGGACAGAGCGAGACAGUAUGUAUUACAGAGUGAUGGUGUGCAACAAACAACCUACCUCGCCCAGCAGUACUGCCAUAAAGCAAUAAGAGAGAUCAGUAAACUUCGACCAUCCCCAGAAAGAGAUGCCCUCAUUCAACUUUCAGAAAUUGUACUCACAAGAGAUAAAUGACAGCUCUUCCUGUUCUUUCUGGCAGCUAUCUUACCAGACUGUGCCUAAAGAAUUUUAUGGAAUACACUGUUUGCUUCAUGUGCAGAUAACCAAAAAUCAUUUUAAAAGAUAUCACUUAUUGAUGGGCAAUUUAUUUUUUUUUUAUUGCAAAAGUUUUUCCAGAAAACUUUUUAAAUGUAGUUAAACCAUCUGAAUCUGUCAUUCUAGUCCUAUAAAUUCUAAUCGAGGUAUCUUGGUUAUAUGUGGUAUUGUUUACACUGUUAAUAUCCACAUGUAAGGCCAUUAUACAAAUAAAUGAUAAAAUUCAA